AUGUGGCAUGAAUGUUUACCACCACCACCACCACCACCACCACCACCACCACCACCACCACCACAGCAGAGGGUGCUGGAGGAGGAGGUUGACAGAGGGAGGAGGGUGCUGGAGGAGGAGGUUGACAGAGGGAGGAGGGUGCUGGAGGAGGAGGUUGACAGAGGGAGGAGGGUGCUGGAGGAGGAGGUUGACAGAGGGAGGAGGGUGCUGGAGGAGGAGGUUGACAGAGGGAGGAGGGUGCUGGAGGAGGAGGUUGACAGAGGGAGGAGGGUGCUGGAGGAGGAGGUUGACAGAGGGAGGAGGGUGCUGGAGGAGGAGGUUGACACAGGGAGGAGGGAGCUGGAGGAGGAGGUUGACACAGGGAGGAGGGGGCUGGAGGAGGAGGUUGACACAGGGAGGAGGGGGCUGGAGGAGGAGGUUGACACAGAGAGGAGGGGGCUGGAGGAGGAGGUUGACAGAGAGGAGGGGGCCGGAGGAGGAGUUUGA